AUGUUCUUGAAGGUUACUCCAACAACUGAGAUCGGAAAAGCAAUCAAACUGAAGAAAUUAAACUUGAGGUACAUUGGGCUAUUUGAGGUAUUGAAGCAAAUUAGGCCGGUGGCUUAUCAAAUGGCCUUGCCGCCACAUCUAUCUAACCUACAUGGCGUAUUCCACGUGUCACAACUCUGUAAGAACACACCGAAUGCAUCUCAUGUGUUAGAACCUGAAUCAGUUCAGUUGAAGAAGAACCGAACAUUUCAAGUCACACCGGUGAGGAUUGAUGACAUUAGUGUGAAGAAAUUGUGCGAAAAAGAAGUUUUGUUGGUAAAAGUAGCAUGGAGCAGAGAAGGAAUAGAAUAG